UCCCCAUUGUCUCGCCUCCGCGCGCCGCCGCUGCCGCAGCCGGAUCCGGAUCGGGACCGGGGCCGGGCCGGGCCGGGCCGGGGCCGGAGCGGGAGCGGGGCCGCAGGUCCAGCCCUCUCACGAGACGCCCCGCGGACACCGUGCGCACGCGGGGGCCCCCGGAGCCACCCCGCCGCCCUUCAUCGAUCGGUCCAGCCGCCACGUCGCCCGUCGGGACCUGAGCGCAGCGACCUUUGUCCCUCCACCGCCCGGAGCAUGUGGAGGAGGCCGUGACCUGCCCGGCUGUGCUGGCGUCCAUGCCUGGGGGCCGCGGGGGGCUCGGCGACCUGGCGUCUCCUCGGACUGCUCGCUCGGACACCGGCGCCGCUCGCCACUGAACGGCCGCCACAGAGCGCCCCCCUCGCUGCCCACCCCCCCCAUGCGGAUCUAAGGGGCCGGCGGUGUUGGGGGGGGGGCGCCCAGCGUUGACGGCGGGGACGGGCACCAUGGCCCUGCUGCCGCUGGCCCUGCUGCUGGGCGCGCUGCUGGGCCCUGGGGCAGCCGCGGCGGCGCUGGAGUUCGGGGGCGCCCCGGGGCAGUGGGCCCGCUACGCCCGCUGGGAUGCCGGCGCGGCCGGGGAGCUGAGCUUCAGCCUGAAGACCAACGCGUCGCGGGCGCUGGUGCUGUACCUGGACGACGGCGGCAACUGCGACUUCCUGGAGCUGCUCAUCGCCGAGGGGCGCCUCCGCCUGCGCUUCACCAUCUCGUGCGCCGAGCCGGCCACGCUGCACCUGGACACCCCCGUGGCCGACGACCGCUGGCACAUGGUGCUGCUGACCCGCAACGCGCGGGAGACCAUGCUGGUGGUGGACGGCGAGGCCCGCGUGGCCGAGGUCAAGUCCAAGCGGCGCGACAUGGCCGUGGAGAGCGACCUCUUCGUGGGCGGCGUGCCCCCGGACGUGCGCCUCUCGGCCCUCACCCUCAGCACCGUCAAGUACGAGGCGCCCUUCAAGGGGCUGGUGGCCAACCUCAAGGUGGGCGACAUGCCACCCGCCCUCCUGGGCAGCCAGGGUGUGCGCAGCGACGCCGAGCACCUCUGCGCCCGCCAGAACCCCUGCGCCCACGGCGGGCUCUGCACCGUGCUGGACGGCGAGGCCCACUGCGACUGCAGCAUGACCGGCUUCCAGGGCAAGUUCUGCAGUGAAGAAGAGAACACGAUGGAAGGUCCUGCUCACCUGAUGUUAAACAGCCAAGGGAAGGAGGAGUACGUGGCGACCUUCAAGGGCAACGAGUUCUUCUGCUACGACCUGUCGCACAACCCGAUCCAGAGCAGCACGGACGAGAUCACGCUGUCCUUCCGCACGCUGCAGCGCAACGGCCUCAUGCUGCACACGGGCAAGUCAGCCGACUACGUCAACCUGUCACUCAAGAGCGGCGCCGUCUGGCUCGUCAUCAACCUGGGCUCGGGCGCCUUCGAGGCCCUGGUGGAGCCCGUCAACGGCAAGUUCAACGACAACGCCUGGCACGACAUCCGCGUCACCCGGAACCUGCGCCAGCACGCAGGAAUCGGACACGCUAUGGUGACCAUCUCGGUGGACGGGAUCCUGACCACGACGGGCUACACGCAGGAGGACUACACCAUGCUGGGCUCCGACGACUUCUUCUACAUCGGGGGCAGCCCCAACACGGCCGACCUGCCGGGCUCCCCCGUCAGCAAUAACUUCAUGGGGUGUCUCAAGGAUGUGGUGUACAAGAACAACGACUUCAAGCUGGAGCUGUCGCGCCUGGCCAAGGAGGGUGACGCCAAGAUGAAGCUGCACGGGGAACUGGCCUUCCGCUGCCAGGAUGUGGCCGCCCUGGACCCCGUCACCUUCGAGGCGCCCGAGGCCUUCCUGGCCCUGCCCAAGUGGAGCGCCAAGAAGACGGGCUCCAUCUCCUUCGACUUCCGCACCACUGAGCCCCACGGCCUGCUGCUCUUCUCCCAUGGGCGCCUCCAGCCACCCCGCGAGGGGCCAGGGCCAGGGCCAGGCCCCGCGCGCCCCGACCGGCCCCCCAAGGCCGACUACUUUGCCAUGGAGCUGCUUGACGGCUACCUCUACCUGCUGCUGGACAUGGGCUCGGGCGGCAUCAAGCUGCGGGCCAGCAGCAAGAAGGUCAACGAUGGCGAGUGGUGCCACGUGGACUUCCAGCGCGACGGGCGCAAAGGCUCCAUCUCGGUGAACAGCCGCAGCACACCCUUCCUAGCCAGCGGCGAGAGCGAGAUCCUGGACCUGGACAGCGAGCUGUACCUGGGGGGGCUGCCCGAGGGCCGGCCCGACCUGCACCCGCCACCCGAGCUGUGGACGGCCUUCCUGCGCCUGGGCUACGUGGGCUGCGUGCGCGACCUGUUUGUGGACGGGCGCAGCCGCGACGUGCGGCGCCUGGCCGAGACCCAGGCCGCCCCGGGCGUCUCGGCCUUCUGCUCCCGCGAGACCCAGAAGCAGUGCAGCAGCGCGCCCUGCCGCCAUGGCGGCGCCUGCCGCGAGGGCUGGAACCGCUUCGUCUGCGACUGCGUGGGCACCGGCUACCUCGGGCCCCUCUGCGAGAGGGAGGCGACGGUGCUGAGCUACGACGGCAGCAUGUACAUGAAGAUCCUGCUGCCGGGCGUGAUGCACACGGAGGCAGAGGACGUGUCACUGCGCUUCAUGUCGCAGCGGGCCUACGGGCUCAUGCUGGCCACCACGUCGCGGGAGUCGGCCGACACGCUGCGCCUCGAGCUGGACGGCGGCCAGAUGAAGCUCACCGUCAACCUCGACUGUGUCAGGAUAGGCUGUCACCCCAGCAAAGGCCCCGAGACGCUGUUCGCGGGGCACAAGCUGAACGACAACGAGUGGCACACGGUGCGGGUGGUGCGGCGUGGCAAGAGCCUGCAGCUCUCCGUGGACAACGUCACCGUGGAAGGGCAGAUGGCCGGGGCGCACACCCGCCUGGAGUUCCACAACAUCGAGACGGGCAUCAUGACGGAGCGGCGCUUCAUCUCGGUGGUGCCGUCCAACUUCAUCGGGCACCUGAGCGGGCUGGUGUUCAACGGGCUGCCCUACAUGGACCUGUGCCAGCACGGCGACAUCGCCUACUGCGAGCUCAACGCCCGCCUGGGCCUGCGCGCCAUCGUGGCCGACCCCGUCACCUUCAAGAGCCGCGGCAGCUACCUGGCGCUGGCCACGCUGCAGGCCUACGCCUCCAUGCACCUCUUCUUCCAGUUCAAGACCACGGCGCCCGACGGCCUCAUCCUCUUCAACAGCGGCAACGGCAACGACUUCAUCGUGGUGGAGCUUGUCAAGGGGUACGUCCACUACGUGUUCGACCUGGGCAACGGGCCAUCGCUGAUGAAGGGGAACUCGGACAAGCCGGUGAACGACAACCAGUGGCACAAUGUGAUCGUGUCGCGGGACACCAACAAUGUGCACACGCUCAAGAUCGACUCACGCACGGUCACGCAGCACUCCAACGGCGCCCGCAACCUGGACCUCAAGGGGGAGCUGUACAUCGGGGGCCUGAGCAAGAACAUGUUUCACAACCUGCCCAAGCUGGUGGCGUCGCGUGAUGGCUUCCAGGGCUGCCUGGCCUCCGUGGACCUCAACGGGCGCCUCCCCGACCUGCUGGCUGACGCCCUGCACCGCAUCGGCCAGGUGGAGCGCGGCUGUGACGGCCCCAGCACGACGUGCACCGAGGAUUCGUGCGCCAACCAGGGUGUCUGCCUGCAGCAGUGGGAUGGCUACACGUGCGACUGCACUAUGACCUCGUACGGUGGCCCCGUGUGCAACGACCCCGGCACGACGUACAUCUUCGGGAAGGGCGGUGCGCUCAUCACCUACACGUGGCCGCCCAACGACCGGCCCAGCACACGCGCCGACCGCCUGGCCGUGGGCUUCAGCACGCACCAGAAGAGCGCCGUGCUCGUGCGGGUCGACAGCGCCUCCGGCCUCGGCGACUACCUCCAGCUGCACAUCGACCAGGGCACGAUCGGGGUGAUCUUCAACGUGGGCACGGACGACAUCACCAUCGAGGAGCCCAACGCGGCGGUGAGCGACGGCAAGUACCACGUGGUGCGCUUCACGCGCAGCGGGGGCAACGCCACGCUCCAGGUGGACAACUGGCCCGUCAACGAGCGCUACCCUGCAGGCAACAGUGAUAAUGAACGCCUGGCGAUUGCUAGACAGAGAAUACCGUAUCGGCUCGGUCGAGUAGUAGAUGAGUGGCUACUCGACAAAGGUCGGCAGCUGACCAUCUUUAACAGCCAGGCCGCCAUCAAGAUCGGGGGCCGCGACCAGGACCGCCCCUUCCAGGGCCAGAUCUCGGGGCUGUACUACAACGGGCUGAAGGUGCUGGCGCUGGCGGCUGAGAGCGACCCCAACGUGCGGGCUGAAGGCAACCUGCGCCUGGUGGGCGAGGUGCCCUCCGUGCUCACCACUGAGACCACGGCCACCACGCUGCUGGCCGACAUGUCCACCACCAUCAUGGAGACCACCACCACCAUGGCCACCACUACCACGCGGCGUGGGCGCUCCCCCACCAUGCGUGACAGCAUUGCCCAGAACACGGACGACUUGCUGGUGGCGUCAGCCGAGUGCCCGAGCGACGACGAGGACCUGGAGGAGUGUGAGCCCAGCACAGGCGGCGACCUGGUGUUGCCCAUAAUCACGGAGGACUCCCUAGACACCCCGCCCGUGGCCACCCGCUCCCCCUUCAUCCCCCCACCGCCGACUUUCGGCCCCUACCUGACCGUGGUCGAGGCCACGCGGGACUCGCUGGCGCCCGGCGCCCAGCCGCGCCCGCCCUGCCUGGCCGAGCAGGACGACAGCGACUGCGACGACGCCAUCGAGGCCUCCGGCUACGCCUCGGGCGAGGUCUUCGACUCCAGCCUGCCCCCCACGGACGACGAGGACUUCGAGGCCACCUUCCCCCUGGUCACCGACCGGACCCUCUUAGCCCGGCCGGACGGGGGCAAGAAGGGGCCGCGGCCACCGGGCAGGACAGGCGCGCCCGCCGCCUCGGCCAGCCCCGCGCCGCUCACCACGGCCGCCCCCGACCUGCUGAGGAACAUCCCCGCCGGGAAAAUGAACAACCGCGAAGCCCCCAAGCCCCCCCCCGAGCAGCCCCCGCCCCCGCCCACCGCCUUCGAACUGGACCCCCGGCGCCGGCCGCGGCCGCCCGGCGCCUCGGCCGCCCCUCACCCCCGCCCUCUGCCCACAGCCGGCACCACGGGCCCCGGGGAGCGGGGCGCGCCGGGCGCCGUGGAGGUGAUCCGCGAGUCCAGCAGCACCACGGGCAUGGUGGUGGGCAUCGUGGCGGCCGCCGCCCUCUGCAUCCUCAUCCUCCUCUACGCCAUGUACAAGUACCGCAACCGGGACGAGGGCUCCUACCAGGUCGACCAGAGCCGCAACUACAUCAGCAACUCGGCCCAGAGCAACGGGGCCGUGGUCAAGGAGAAGCCGGCCGCCGCCGCCAAGGCCCCCGGCAAGAGCAAGAAGAACAAAGACAAGGAGUAUUACGUCUGAGCGCCCCCCCGCCGCCCGCCCUGCCCUUCACACGCCCGCACGGACCCCCGGCGCCCCCGGCCCCGGCCCCGGCCAGGCCUCCUGCGUGCGAGCGAGAGAGCAGCGCAGGGAGAACCCGGCCCCCCCGGCCCCUCAUCCCCCUCCGGGAGUGCACGCCCAGGGCGGGGGGGCAAGGACCCCCCCAGGCAGAGACACCUUCUCCCCACCCUCCCACGGGGCUCUGGGCUUUGUCGGGGGGGGGUCUGGAGGUCGAAGGGGGUAGUUUCGGGGCUUCUUAGGGGUCUGCUUGGUCAGGAGGGUUUAGGGGCUUUCGGGGAUUGACUUGGGGGGCCCUUUGGGGGGGUUGAGGGGCUUUGGGGGUUGAUUUCAGAGGGGUUUGUCUCCUUUUGAGGGCUGUAGGGGCUUUGGGAGGUUGAGUUGUGAGGGGUUGAGGGGCUUGGGCGGUUGAUUUCAGAGGGUUGUGUCUCCUUUUGGGGGGGUUGAUUUU